AUACCCGCACGAUUUGGCGAGCACUUGACAUUCGCGUCGCCGUAUGUUCGGCUAGGGUUUUGUUAUAUUGGAGGAGAGCUGUCGGCAUCUGUGUGCCUGGAAUCGAACGUGCAAGCGCGACGUCUUCGUCCACUGUUGAGGUGUGGUAGUGUUAAGGAGUUCAAGGUGCGGUGUCUGUCCAGGGUCUGAAUAGUCAAACAGCCGAACCACGCUCAGCGUUGCCCAGUGUCUGUGUCAGUGUGGAGACAGUCUGUGAAAAGAAAACAAACACAUACAAACAAAGCAUCCUACCUACUGUCUGGGGUAUGGCCUCGAGCGGAGGCGAUCGUUGGAGUACACUGUUGUGCAGUGGCGCUGUUCUGCUGCUAGUGAUCGGGUGCUGUGCCGGCGAACAUCAACCAGCCUAUGUUAACCUCUGUCAACCGCGCUGCUGGAGCUCGGACGAUCGGGACGCCCGUCCGCGGUGGCCGGCAAGCGCUAGCAUCAAUCAGUACUGGGAGUGUCUGGCGGACGGAGGCGUGUGGUACGCACAGCUCCGCACCUGUCCCGCGGCCGGGGCCUGGUUCGAUGCGACCAGCCAGCUGUGUGAGCAGAGUGACGAACUGCCGGAAGACGGUGUGGCGUGCCGCCGAGUGUACCCCACCCAGCAGUUGGCUGACGGGAAUGAGCUGUGCCCGGAGCCGAGCUGUGCCUCCCAGGAGCUGAUCGAGACGCUGUGGGGCUAUCCGGAUCCGGCCUUUUUCCUGCAGUGCCGCCCAGUGCCGGAUGGUAGCUGGCGGCUGCAGCUGAUGCCGUGCGCGCCCGGCACUUGGUUCCACUUCCGGCACCAGGUGUGCGUCAUUCCAGAGCUGUGGGAGGCUUGCGAUGGUACGGAGGACGAUGGUAUUCCGACGCCCGGCAUUACAACUCCUGUAGUAACUACGCCUGAAAUAACGACUCCUGUAGUUACUACGCCGGAGAUUACGACACCAGUAGUUACUACGCCGGAGAUUACGACACCAGUAGUUACUACGCCGGAAAUAACAACUCCUGUCGUUACUACGCCGGAGAUUACGACACCAGUAGUUACUACGCCGGAGAUUACGACACCAGUAGUUACUACGCCCGAAAUAACGACUCCCGUAGUUACUACCCCCGAAAUAACGACUCCCGUUGUUACCACGCCCGAGCUAACGACACCUCAAGUGACAACAGUGACUAUUGACAUCGGUACGGACGAUGGCGUCCUAGUGCCGCUGGAUCCGUGCAGUGGUCCGCGGUGCGUCACCCUGCAGGAGAUCAACACGCUCUGGGUGCACCCGAUGGCUGACAAGUUCUACCAGUGUCGGCCACUGAUGAGCGGCUGGUCGCCGCAGGAGAUGCCUUGCGCGCCGGGCACACUGUUCAGCUUCUUCCAUCAGGUGUGCGUGCACCCAUGGGACUGGGCCGACCCGUGCGAUCCGAACGCAUCCCCGCCCACGAACACUCCGCCCACGAACACUCCGCCGACCGGACCACCUCCCGUAACGAAUGAACCGCCAGUGACGACGACCACCGUUGCGCCACCGAUCACGACCACGGUCGAUUCCGGCGGUCCGCCCACGGCCAUCGACUGUCUCGUACCGAACUGUGCCGUGCUGCAGGACGAAACCUUGCUGCUGCCGUCGAACGAUGGGCCCCAGUUUUACUACCGCUGCAUCUUCCUGCUGCAGGCCGUCUGGAUCCCGUUCCAGGACAUCUGCCCGGCCGGCCAGUACUUCAACUUCGUCACCCAGGGCUGCGUCGAUCCGGCCGACUGGAUUAACGUCUGUCCGGCGUCCCCGGUGACGACCCCGCAGCCGACGACCCUGGCUCCGGCCCCGACGGCCGUCCCGCCGCCCGUGCCACUGCCCGUCAUCUGCGGGUCGCCCCGGUGCACCACGCCGCAGGAGCGCAGCAUCCUCUGGCCGAGCACGGUCGCGGACAUGUACUAUCGCUGUGUGUGGGUCGAGCGGCUGUUCCAGUACGUGCCGAUGCCGACGCGCUGCGAGAACUUCUUCUUCUUCGACUUCCAGCGGCAGGAGUGCGUGAUACCGCUCGACUGGAUCGACAUCUGUCCGAUGUUCCCGACGCUGCCGCCGCCGCCCUGCACCGACUGCUGCCCGACCUGUCCCCCGCCGGCCGAUCCGCCGGGCGUGCCGGUGCCGAUCAUUUGCGGCGCGCCGCGCUGCGAGACGGAACAGGAGCGCUCCUUCCUGUGGCCCGCCGCGACGCCGAACGAGUACUACCGGUGCGUGGACAAUGGGGGCGGCUGGAUACAGGCCACGCUGCAGCAGUGUGCCGACGGGCUGCUGUUCCAGACGUUCGAGCAGCGCUGCGUGCCGGCCAGCGAGUACGACGACAGCGUGUGCCCGAUCUAUCCGCCGAUGGUGCCGCCGUCCACGGUGCAGCCCGAUCCGGACACGUGCCUGGAGAGCUACGACCCGACGCCCGUCUUUCCCGUCAUCUGUGACGUGGCCCGGUGCGGCACGGAGCGGGACCGCGCGACUCUGUGGCCGAUGAACGACGCGACCUCUUAUCUGUCCUGCGAGCUGCAGGAGGCGACGGGCGAGUAUCUGGUGCGCACUAACGUAUGCCCGCCCGGCCAGACCUUCAACUUCUUCGCGCAGUGCUGCGGGCCGCCCUCGGAAAUCGCCGUCUGCCCGUUCUAUCCGCCGCCACCCGCGCCGACGACGCCGCCCCCGGAGGCUGCCGUCUGUCUGACGGACGCCCUCGAUCCGAGCCCGCUGAUCCCGAUCGAGUGCGACAUGCCGCGGUGCAGCACACCCCUCGAGCGCACCACCCUCUGGCCGUCCGCCAGCCCGCAGACGUACUACCGGUGCGUCGAGCAGGGCGCCGGGCUGUACGAACCGAUCGGCCAGUCGUGCGCGGCCGGCACUCAGUUCAACUUCUUCCUGCAAUGCUGCAGCACCGACGCGCUGCCGGCCGACGUUUGCGGACUGCUGGUCGAGCCGCUGCCGGCACCGGAAACGCUUCCCCUGCCGAUCGUGUGCGAUCAGCCGCGGUGCGAGACGGUGCAGGAGCGCGGCUUCAUCUGGCCCGCCGCCGACCGGAAGCUGCUGUACGUGUGCGAGCCGCAGGGCGCGGAGCAGACGUUCACCGCCCGCAUGUACACGUGCGCGGACGGCAAGGCGUUCCACGUGUGGCGCCAGGACUGUGUGCCCGAGGCGGAGUGCCGCCUGAGCGUCUGUCCGUACUACAACGGGACGGCCGUGCCAAACGGGCCCAAGGUGCCACCGGCAACGCAGGGUACGGCCACAACGCCGGGCCUCGUUGGACCUAUUCUAACGCCGCCCAACCUUGGCUAGCGCGUAGGCUGCAGUAUGCGGUAGAGCACAGUAGUAGGAGUAGUAGUUGGUAGCAAUAGUCGUUUAGCGUACCGUAGCAAAGUAGUGUGCAGCGUAGUGCUGCUUCGCCACCCGAGAUAUAGCCACUAGCCACGCAAUGAUCGCAAUGCACCGUCGGCAAAGCGUCCCAACAACCACCGGGGCGCCCGUUGCAGCAGCAGGCACGCGCACCUGCGCAAAGGGCACGGGGCACCGCUACACUGAUCGGAAGCAGAUCGACAUCAGCGUGCCAUGUCAUGAAAUCGAAUGUAUUGAACGUUUGAAAUAAAACGAAAAAUAACAAUGUGACAUCGAGACAGUAUCAA